GUUUGAGAUAUUUUUUCUCCCCUUGCUUUAUAAAUCCCAGCGAUCCGUUCGCUUUAUAGCACUUUCCGGGCCCGAGAUAUGGCAAUGGUAGUUAGCGUCUGGCGAGAUCCGCAGGAAGACGUGGUCGGAGGACCUCCAAGCGGCCCCAAUCCAGCAACUCAGCCGGCGAGGGAGCAACAGCAGGCGGCGUCGGCAGCACCGCACACUCCGCAGACCCCAAGUCAGCCAGGACCCCCGUCAACACCAGGGACUGCUGGAGACAAGGGGAGUCAGAAUUCUGGACAGAGUGGCGCACAGCAUAUAGAAUGUGUUGUUUGCGGAGACAAAUCGAGCGGCAAGCACUAUGGUCAGUUCACCUGCGAGGGAUGCAAAAGUUUCUUCAAGAGGAGUGUCCGAAGGAACUUAACGUAUACAUGUCGUGCCAAUAGGAACUGUCCCAUUGACCAACACCACCGAAAUCAGUGCCAAUACUGUCGGCUGAAGAAAUGUUUAAAAGUGGGAAUGCGGCGGGAAGCGGUUCAGCGAGGACGAAUGCCUCCAACCCAGCCGAACCCAGGGCAGUACGGGCUGACGAACGGGGACCCUCUGAACGGCCAUUGCUAUCUCUCCGGAUACAUCUCGUUAUUGCUUCGGGCUGAGCCUUACCCGACGUCCCGAUAUGGAAGCCAAUGCAUGCAGCCCAACAAUAUCAUGGGUAUUGAGAACAUAUGCGAGCUGGCAGCUCGCUUGCUCUUCAGCGCCGUGGAAUGGGCGAGGAACAUCCCUUUCUUUCCAGAUCUGCAGAUCACCGACCAGGUGUCCCUUCUCAGGCUGACGUGGAGCGAAUUGUUUGUGCUAAACGCGGCUCAGUGCUCCAUGCCUUUGCAUGUGGCCCCUCUGCUCGCCGCGGCAGGCCUCCACGCUUCUCCAAUGUCUGCGGACCGAGUCGUGGCUUUCAUGGAUCACAUUCGAAUCUUCCAGGAGCAGGUUGAGAAGCUCAAGGCCCUCCACGUUGACUCGGCAGAGUACAGCUGCAUCAAGGCGAUAGUACUCUUCACAUCAGACGCUUGCGGCCUGUCAGAUGCGGCUCACAUCGAAAGCCUGCAGGAGAAGUCUCAGUGCGCCCUGGAGGAAUACGUGAGGAGCCAGUACCCUAACCAGCCCAGCCGCUUUGGCAAGCUCUUGCUGCGGCUUCCAUCUCUCCGCACCGUCUCCUCAUCGGUAAUUGAGCAGCUGUUCUUCGUCCGCUUGGUAGGUAAAACCCCUAUUGAAACGCUCAUCAGGGAUAUGCUAUUAUCCGGGAGCAGCUUCAACUGGCCUUACAUGUCCAUCCAAUGAUCCGAAUGAGAGUGACAAAAAGAGAGAAAAAGGACCAAAAUUCAGCAUCCCGUACAAGAAGACUAUAUAUAGGACAUUUUCUGAACAUAUUGGAAGACAUGACAUGUUGUUGUUUUUUUGUCUUCUGGGACUAAGAUCUGAGAUGGAAUACGUUAUGUACAGAAAAUAUGGAACUGGACUUACACCUGUUUAAAUCCACUCUCAUCUUCAAGAACAGUACUCUUCAUUUUGUAAAAUACUAGUCUUUAUUUUCCUUUUUUGUAAAAAAAAACAAACAAACAAAUAAAAUGAAAAACAAGACUUAGCGGGAAAAUAAUGUUUCCAAGCAAUUAUAAGAAAUGUCCUGUGUCUAUGUACCCCUCUGUUUUGUAUUUUUUCUGGUUCUAAACCAGCUUUUCUGUGAUUCUAUACUAAUAAUUUUUAUAUAACCUUUUGCUUCUUAUUAUGAGUGCGAUAUAUAUGUUGUCGAAGCUACGUUCUCCGAGAAUUAAAAGUUGAAGUGGGAAUUUAAAACAGAAAAAUAAAGAAAUUUAGACAAA